UUCCAUUUCCUAGAAAACUCUUCGUGUCUCCAGUCUCCAUCCCGCUCAAGUGGAAAAUGGAAAUCUAUCAAAAAAGGAGUUAGAAUUGAUUUCAUUAAAGUCGACAAGAUCGUUAAUUGUAUGAAAAAAACAAGUUACAAGUAACGAAAAUAAUAAGCAGCGAUCAUGUUGGUGCUAUUCGAGACUCCAGCGGGGUACGCGAUUUUCAAGCUGCUGGAUGAAAAUAAACUUACCCAAUCAGAAAAUCUUUUUAAGGACUUUGAAACUCCCGAAGAUGCCAGUAAAAUAGUUAAAUUAAAAUACUUUCACAAGUUUGAAGAUACUACUGAAGCGCUAGCUGCCACAACGGCGCUUGUGGAAAGUAAAUUAUCCAAGUCUCUUAAGAAAACGCUAAAAAGCAGCUGCACUGAAAUGCAUGAACAGUUGGCAGUUUCCGAUGCAAAACUGGGCUGUGUUAUUAGGGACAAACUGCAAUUGUCUUGCGUCAGUAACACAGCAAUACAGGAAUUGAUGAGAUGUAUCAGGAAUCAGAUGGACAGUCUGAUCACUGGAGUGACCAAGAAGGAAAUGUCGGCCAUGGCGUUGGGCUUAGCACACAGUCUUUCCAGAUACAAACUAAAGUUCUCGCCUGAUAAGAUCGAUACUAUGGUAAUACAGGCGGUAUGCCUACUGGAUGAUCUGGACAAGGAACUUAACAAUUACAUAAUGCGAGCGCGCGAAUGGUACGGUUGGCAUUUUCCCGAGCUGGGCAGAAUCGUAACUGACAACAUGCUGUAUGUGCAAACAAUGCGAACAAUCGGCCAACGGGAGAACACCGUCUCAUGUGAUUUGUCGGAUAUCCUACCAGAGGAGAUUGAAAAGGAGGUGAAAAAAGCCGCGGAGACCUCGAUGGGCUCAGAGAUUUCAGAAUAUGACGCCGAGCAUAUGCAAUACUUGUGCAAAGAGAUAAUUGAGCUCCACCAGUAUCGAGCCAAUUUGAGCGAUUAUCUGACUGCCAGGAUGAAUGCAUUGGCGCCGAACCUAUCCAUUCUUGUCGGCGAAUUGGUCGGCGCGCGUCUAAUAUCAAAAGCCGGCUCUUUGACGAGUCUCGCCAAACAUCCGGCGUCCACUUUGCAGAUUCUCGGCGCGGAGAAAGCGUUAUUCCGUGCACUCAAAUCGAAAAAGAAUACUCCCAAAUACGGCUUGAUUUAUCAUUCACAACUCGUCGGACAAUCGUCGAGUAAGAACAAGGGCAAAAUAUCUAGAAUGUUGGCUGCGAAAGCCUCUCUAGCAACCAGAUUUGAUGCUUUCUUAUCGGUAGAUCCUAACGAAACAAAUGAAUAUUGGAAUGAUCUUGGCAUACAACACAAAGCAAAUCUAGAGGCACGACUAAAGCAACUCGAGGCCGGUAAUAUACGCCGAAUCAGCGGCACUGCCAAAGCGAAGGCACAGUUUGAGAAGUAUCACAGCAAAAAUGAAUACAUGCAGUACUCAGCAUCCGUCGAUUCGACUCUACCAAAAAAGAGGCCAUUGAUUGAGGAAAUCGAUACAAAGGAGAAUGAAGAAGAACCCAAGAAAAAGAAGAAAAAGAAACAUAGCCUAGAGCCCAUAAAAGAAGAAACAGGAGAAGCUUCUAGUGUGCAAAAAGAGGUAGAAGUAAAAACGGAGAUGGAUUCGCCAUCGAAAAAAAAGAAAAAACGUAGCACAGAAGAACCGGAAAAUGAAGAAGAGCUGCAUAGCUCAGCGAAAAAAAAAAAGAAACGUAGUACAGAUCACAAACAGAUCAAAACAGAAGAUGUAGGUGAAUCUUCUGGUAUGCAAGAAGUACAAACUGAAACGGAUUCAUCAAAUGUAUCAAAGAAAAAGAAGAAAAAGAUGCAGGAAUCAGUCGAAACAAUAGAGGCAGCACCUGUAAAAGUUGAAGAAACUAUAGAAACAAACGUUUCAAUCAAAGUUGAAGCUUCUGAAACUAAUGAAGGACAAAAAAAGAAAAAAAGGAAGAAAGAUAAAAAGAAGAAGUUGGAACAAGAUGAAUAAAGUUGUUCAUCCCGUUUAUUUAAAAAAAGAAUUUUUUAAUAUUUCUUGACAAUUGCUUUGUAAAAUAAUAAAUGAAAUAGAGUUCAAACA